GCCCCAGCUGCUCUGUAGGCAGAGCCGGAGUGGCUGACUCCACCGUGGUGCCGCUGACACCGAGAGCUGCUCCGUGCCCAAGGAGACGACCAUGGUGAUGACCAGCCCGCUGCUCAUUGCCCUCAUCCUCUGCCUCACUGCCUUCGUCCUGUGGGCUCAAGAGCUGGAGGAGAUGGAGAGCGAUGUGGAUACCCUGGACAAGGAGCUGCAGCAGGGCUGCAGCACAGCCAUCCACGCCAGGGACAGGUUAAAACAGUUGGAGGAGAACCUGGCCCGGCAGGAGAAACAGAACUUCACAGGCAGCAUGAUCGAGGCCUACGUGUUCAAGUUCAUGCCUGAACACUUCAGAGGGUUAAACCUCAGCAGCAGGAUGGAUAAGAAGACAGGUGGCAGGAGGUUCAGGCACACCAUGAAUUUCCCAGUGGAGCUUGUGGAGGGCAUCCAGGCAUGGCAGGUGGAGCAAGAGCUCGUCUGCAUCUACGUCCACAGCCCCUGCAUCUUCCAGGAUGCCCACAACAGCUCAGUGCUGAACAACGACAUCCUGGGAGCCUUCCUGCAGAGUGGGCCUGUGGCCGGGCUCAGCCGCCCUGUGGAGAUCAAGUUCUGGCAUGACAUGGAGCUGGAUGCCUCCAAUGCCACCUGUGUCUUCUGGCAGCCUGGAGAUGGCGCAAACAGCACAGGCAGCUGGAGCAGAGAGGGCUGCGAGACCACGCACGGGGAGGGCAUCAUUAUCUGCCACUGCAACCACCUCACCUACUUUGCCGUCCUGCUGAUCCCAGCAGGUGCCCUGAGCCCAGCCCAGCUGGCAUCACUCACCUACAUCAGCACCAUUGGCUGCUCCCUCUCAGCUGCCGCCAUCCUCUGCACCCUCGCUCUCUGCUGCUUCUUCAGGCGGUGGCUGAAGGACAACACGACCAGGAUCCACAUGCACCUCCUGGCCGCGCUGCUCCUGCUCAACUGCAGCUUCCUGCUGAGCACACCACUGGCCGCUGGCUCUGAGGGGCUCUGCCAGGUCGCCGCUGCCCUGCUACAUGCAGGUCUUCUCUGUGCCCUGGCAUGGAUGGCUGCUGAGGCCUUCCACCUCCUCCUCCUUCUCGUCAAGGUCUACAAUAUCUACAUCCAGCACUACCUUCUCAAGCUCUGCCUCUUCGCUUGGGGUCUGCCCAUGCUGGCCGUGGUGGCUAUUUUUGUCUUCAAGAGGGAUACAUAUGGGUACCACAACAUCAGCUCCUCUGAAGGCUACAGGAACAUGACUACGUUUCUUCAUCUGCCUCUGGUACAUCACCCUGCACCGCCAGAGCAAGCUGGGCUCUGUCACCAACACCUUCAGAUGAAGCGCCCUGAUGCCAGGGUGAAGGGCUGUGAGGGGAGCUUGGGGGCUGCUCCCUGCAGACCAGCGUGGUGGCAUCCUUUGGGCUCGACAGCCAGCGCUGCUGCGGAUUUCUUCAAGGGAAGUGUUUGGGCUGCAAAGUUGGAUUUCUGGGUGGUGGGAGCUGCCUGUUGCGGGGGGGCUGCAGCUUGGGGUCCCCCGGGUACUGUGCUCCCCUGGGGACCCUGGCUUUCACAGCCCCUCCAUUGGUAACCAAUGCUGACUUCUUCUGCUGAAGGCAGACACUUCUCUUUAGAGGCACCUUUUAACUGUCGAGGCGGGUGUCCCCCACCAGCGGAGGAGCUGGUCUCUGUCCCCUCUGCCCCACGGCAGCAGAGCCAGCAGCCACGCUCUGCCCUGUCAUUAGGGAAGGUCCCACUAGAUGGCACGAGGAUUUCAAAGAUGGUCCCAGCUCUGGACUGUGCACACGGCUGGACUGCUCAGCAGCCACAGCAGCCUCUGGUGGUGUCGGUUGCCUGUAACUAGUUCUGGUUAGCACUGCCAGUUAGCGGUGCCGAUCAGCAGUGUCAAUUCGCGGUACAGAGGAGCCCUUUGACAGCUGGGAGGGGACAGCAGGAACCAGCCAUAGCUCUGCCAGG